UUACAUCAUUUUUUCAUAAAACACCAUUUCAUAAUACCUAAAGUUUCAUUUGGAUUAUUGGGUUUAUUAAAUAUUUAUUCUGUAUUAAUGUCAUACCACAUGUUUUACCUAUUACAUCACUAACUCUGCUCCUGUGCAAAAGUUCUGACUCCUUGCCCACCCAGGUGCCUGUGUUCUACAUAAACCAUCCAACAGACCGUGUCCUAACCCUGGGAUGUCCCGGAGCUCGUCCAGAUAUGGCUGUGGCCUGGGAUCAGGGCCUAAAACCCAUCUACAGAUCAGAGCACACGUUCAUGGGUAACGUUAGUGCCGCUCCCCCGAGGCUGCAGAUAGACACAGGGCAUCACCUGCUAUUCCAACCAGCAAACACCCAGGACUCAGGUAUCUACUACUGCUGGCUCCAAGGUCGCCAGGCUGCCAAGAUCAAUCUGCUGGUUUAUCCUCAUCUGGGUGGAGGCCAGUCCGUGCUGUCCCACCCAGAAUUCCCAGCAGCUGUUCAAACUGUGUUAAAAGCUUAUGCUGCCAUGAUAGGCAUCUUCUGUCUGCUGCUGCUGUGCAGAGCUGGGCUCAUAUAUCUGAGGGACAAAGCAGAAACACAUCUGGAUUAA